CAAAGGCAGAAAACUCAUCUUAGCAUUUAUCCGUGUAUUGUGCAAUUGUGGAGCUGGCAUUCUUAAGCUUGUCCUUUCUCGCGUAGGAAUUGAAAACGACUUUAGGUAACUCCUAGAGAGACACGUUCGCUUUCAACAUUGACGAUUGCACAUUGUUGAAGAGCCUUUGAAAAUCCUCGUGCAGGUGUGUGUGUGUAUGUGCAGUACGGUUACCUGCAACCUCCUUAUAGUGAUCAGGCAUGACAAAAUUAAUGUUUUACGGGGCAAAAAACCAGCGCAUUAGCCAGAGAAAGGUUCACAAAGUAGAAACAUUCAAGGCAAUCCUCUUGUUGAUGUUCCCAAUCCGACAAAACUAACUCAACUGAUUCUCGGCAAUUUAUUAAAGAUACGAAAGUGUGUUCUUGAUGUUGACUCUGCCUUCCAGGCGCCACUAGUGCUGAACGAUGGCAACAUUCUUCGGUGAGGUCCGUGAGAUCCCAUCGCGGGCCGUCGAUGAAGAUGAAGAGAUCGAUGUCGAAAUACCGACAGUCUUUUUUGACCUUCCAGAGUUUUCGGAUAUGACUCAGUUACCCGCCUAUGAUACGGUGAUCUGUGCAACAGGACUUGCCCCGACAGUCUUUCUUGAGUCUUACCUGAUUUCAAAAGAACUUCGUAUUUUGGGCUAUAUUAAGCUCAACCCAGUAUCUACGCCCGAAGCAGAGUUUCUUGGUCUAAAGUAUCGUAAACAACCACACGUUGUCGGCAAACUUUGCUACGACGAAGCAAAUCGGGCCCUCGUGUGCGUAUCCGAAAAGGAGGUACCAAAUGAGUCCGCCGCUGAAAUCGCUUCAUAUUUUGUCGAUUUGUCAAAGAGUUCUUCGCUCGAGUGCCUUAUUAUUACCGCUCUACAUUACAGCUAUUAUAAAACAGGGUUGACGUCAGAAAUUCGUUUUCCCAUACUUAGGCAACUGAAGACGGUGACGGAAGGCGAAGUGGGCGGCAUCAUGACUCUGGAGACCCCAAACACACUUUCAGGACUAGGCGCUGCACUCCUUACCGAAUGCGAGGUACGGGGUUUCCGGGCUUGUUUGGUUGCGCAAUAUUACGAGUCUUUGGACAGUGACACGGUCACAAAACUCGAACCAUGUUUGGGUAUUGAACGGCUACGAAAAUUGAUCAAGAAGCCGAUCGAGCAGGCGAGACAGUACAGCCAGCAUUUACUUCGGACAUCGAAAAUCGAUCGUGGAAAUAUGUAUUUCUAAGCGCUUCGACUUAAAAGGACUCGUCGACCACUUGUUAACGAAGUGGGCUCGCUCGGCCAUGCCGACCCGUAUCGGCUAUAUUGCGAAUUGAUAUAUUUGUCUGUCGUAAUAUAACUUGUCGUUGUCCAAACAUAUAUGCAUUUCGUACGAGGUCCUUCCACGGCGAAGUCGUAACCUUGAAAGGCAAAUACAAACAAAGAAAUAUAUAUUUCUGCGAAAAAAGUUA